CCUUGUUUUUGUUUGCUUGCAGCCUGUACGUGCGUGCGUGCAUGUGGCAGUAAGGUUAGGUUGCUUAGAAUGAGAGGCCGAGAUGUAUCCCCUGCGCGCUAACUGAAUUGUUGAUUGUCUCUUGCUAGCGCUCAGAAGUUAGAUCAGUCGAUCACUUGAAGAAUAUUUCAAAAUAGUUGUGCUGACGCUGAUGGUAUCUUUGUUGUUCGAAAAACAGUAAACAUGGAGCUUUCAAUGGGUGACAGCAGUGCGAGGCGUGUCCUCGACCCCAGGAACGUUACUUUCUCUGUGUUCACAUCAGAUGAAAUCCGCAAGAUCAGUGUUUUGAAGAUUGUGACCCCUAUGACUCUCAACCCUUUGGGACAUCCUGUCACUGGUGGUCUUUAUGAUGGUGCUAUGGGGCCCAUGUUGGAAACCAGUGAGCCUUGCAAAACCUGCAUGAAGAAUAUUCAAAGCUGUCCUGGGCACAUCGGACACAUCGAACUGCCUGUUCCUGUGACCAACCCAAUCUUCCACAAACCAGUCGCUGUUUUCAUAAGAAUGGCUUGUUUGAAUUGCUACCGAUUUCAGCUGCCACCUGCAGUUAAAUGGCAAAUCUAUGCUCAACUUCAACUAGCCGAUGCUGGAUUCAUUACAGAAGCCUUAGAAGUUGAAAAUAACUGUUCAUUUUCGGAUGAGAAGUGGCCUUCCGCUGAAUUAGAAGAAUCUUCUUGUAAGGCCAAGAUAAUAGAUUAUGUUCUUUCUGUCAUCAAAAGUAGCCCACGUUCUGAAACGGACCAAAACUCAGCCAAUACCAAAGCUGCUGAAACAGUUCGGAAUGCUACAUUAGCCACUUUAUUCCGAGGUUCCACUACUGACAAGAAAUGCCUUUUCUGCAAAGCACGGUUGGUGAAGUUAACAUUUUUCAGGGAUCGCUUGAAUGUGAAGGUUCAAGUAGCACCAAAGCAUCAGGGUGAGGACACUCUGAACCCUAAUAAUUCAAUGGUCCCAAAUACGUCCGCUGUAGAUUUGAAUGCAACAUCAUCUGCUGUCUCCAAAGGCCAAAUGCAGUCUCUUAACCCCAAAGAAUUAAGGGAUCAUUUGCGAGGUCUAUGGAACAAUGAGAAGCAGUUUAUGGCUGAAGUGAUGCCCAUCCUGAAAGAUAGAGACCUGGAGUACCCUACAGAUCUCUUCUUCUUUGAUGUUAUACCGGUACCUCCACCCAACGUGCGCCCUGUAAAUAUGGUCAAUGGAAUGCCUUGUGAUCAUCCUCAGACUGCCAUGUACAAGAAACUUUUCACAGAUUCAAUGGUUAUGUGGAAUGUUAUUCAACUGGUUCAAGAUGGCUCAAUUGACAAACUCUCCAAAGAAGGCAAGUUACUUGUUCAAGGAGUUACGGGUAGCAGUCCAUUUGAAAAGCUGCAUUGUGCCUGGGAGGUACUGCAGACAAGUACGGAUCAGUUGCUAGACACUAGCUCCCUGAAUAGCAAAGUUAGAGCGCAAGGCCUGAAACAAGUUCUAGAAAAAAAGGAAGGUGUAAUCCGAAUGCACAUGAUGGGUAAGCGUGUUAAUUUUGCGGCUCGCUCUGUCAUUACUCCUGAUCCCAAUCUAAAUGUAGAUGAAAUUGGAUUUCCGGAAGCUUUUGCCUUGAAAUUGACAUAUCCUGUGCCAGUCACCCCUUGGAAUGUGAGGGAACUAAGGCAACUGGUUUUGAAUGGUCCUGAUGUUCACCCUGGUGCUGUGUAUGUAGAAGAUGAAAAUGGACGCCGUGCACGUUUGAAGAGUGAUGAUCCCUUGCAGAGGGAGACCAUAGCCAAACAGCUUCUGAAACCAGGAGAUGUUGCCAAGAAUUUUACUGGAGGCACUAAGAAAGUGCACCGCCAUUUGGUGAAUGGUGAUAUUCUAUUGCUCAACAGACAGCCUACUCUCCAUCGGCCCAGUAUAAUGGCUCACAAAGCACGUAUUCUGAAGGGAGAGAAAACUCUUCGAAUGCAUUAUUCCAACUGCAAAUCCUACAAUGCUGAUUUUGAUGGAGAUGAAAUGAAUGCUCACUUUCCACAGAGUGAGCUGGCAAGGAGUGAAGCUUAUAACUUAGUGAACGUGUGUCACCAGUAUCUUGUCCCCAAGGAUGGCACUCCAUUGGGUGGAUUGAUUCAGGAUCAUAUGGUUUCAGGUGUGUGGCUUUCAGUGAGAGGAAAGUUCUUUUCACGUGAAGAUUAUUUACAGCUGGUAUAUCAGGCCGUUGGUGACAUGCCUGGAAACAUUCAACUUCUCCGCCCUGCUAUCCUGAAGCCUCUCCCAUUGUGGUCAGGAAAGCAAGUUAUCUCUACAGUAAUUAUUAACACCAUUCCUAGCAGAAAAUCACCGAUCAACUUGACUGCUACUGCCAAAAUCAGAGCAAAUUUGUGGGUUAAGGAAAAACCCCGUCCGUGGAAAGCAGGAGGCACACCAUUUGGCUCUUCAAACACAAUGUCAGAAGCUGAAGUUGUUAUCAGACAAGGCGAGUUACUUUGUGGAGUUCUUGACAAAACCCAUUACGGUGCCACUCCCUAUGGUUUAGUGCAUUGCAUGUAUGAACUCUAUGGUGGAGAAUGUUCAAGUAAAUUGCUCAGUGCCUUCUCAAAGUUGUUUAUGGCAUUCCUUCAGUUGAUGCAAGGAUUCACCUUAGGUGUUGAAGAUAUCUUGGUAAUGGAAAAAGCUGACAAGCGUCGUUCUGAUAUUAUCCAAGAAUGCCGGAAAAUGGGGGACUCUGCUGCUGCUGCUGCGCUUGGACUUCCUCCAGACAGCCCUUCAGAUCUUCUAACUGAAAAGAUGGAAGAGGCAUACUGUGAUAACAAGAGAAACUUUAGAGGAGAGAUUGACAGUCAAUUUAAGAGUUUGCUCAACCCAUAUACUGAUGAUAUCAACAAGACAUGCCUUCCAACUGGCUUAAUACAGAAAUUCCCUCAAAAUAAUCUGCAACUUAUGGUUCAAUCUGGAGCUAAAGGUUCCACUGUAAACACCAUGCAAAUUUCAGGAUUACUGGGCCAGAUUGAAUUAGAAGGCAAGCGCCCUCCACUUAUGAUAUCAGGACGCUCUCUGCCUAGUUUUGCUCCUUAUGACAGGCAACCAAGAGCUGGUGGUUUCAUUGAUGGACGGUUCAUGACAGGAAUUCAACCACAGGAGUUCUUUUUCCAUUGUAUGGCAGGACGUGAAGGAUUGAUUGAUACUGCUGUGAAGACGAGUCGUAGCGGUUACUUACAAAGGUGUGUCGUUAAAAGUUUGGAAGGUCUCAGCAUACACUACGAUAUGACUGUGAGGGACAGUGAUGGAAGUGUUGUGCAGUUUGCCUAUGGAGAAGAUGGCAUGGACAUAAAUAAGGUCCAGUUUUUGAAACCUGACCAGAUGUCCUUCUUGGAAGAUAAUCAUAAAGUAUUGUAUGAUAAGAAAUUGCUGAAAUCACUUACAGAUGAAGAAAGUGCUAAAGAAAUUUCAAAGCAGAAGAAAAGAGUCAAGAAGUGGAAAAAAGUUAGUAACAAUGAUGGACAAAGAAAAAGUACAUUCCUCAACUACACAGUUGGAAUGAAAGAUACAUUCAACUCCAAGAAGCUAUCCAGCAAAACCGGAAGAAAGAAAGGCUUGGAACAGCUAAUUGAUGUCUUCAGAGAGACUCCAGAGUCUAAUCCAGAAAUGAAACAGUAUGUUGUCAAUGAUAAAGUUCCUGAUCCAGUGUCUUCAACUCACUUUUUACAUUCACAUUUUGGUGCUGUGGUUGAACGUUUAGAUGACAUGAUAGAUAAUUAUAUCAAAAGUAGAAAUGGAGCGCACAGCACUGUCAUUGAGGAUUCACAAUUCAGGGACAUGUUGUAUCUUAAGGCAAUGUGUUCCCUCGCCCCUGCUGGGGAUCCUGUGGGCUUGUUGGCUGCUCAAUCUGUUGGGGAACCCUCAACUCAGAUGACAUUAAAUACCUUCCACUUUGCUGGUCGAGGAGAAAUGAAUGUCACUCUUGGUAUUCCACGUCUGAAAGAAAUUCUCAUGACAGCAUCCAAAAACAUAAGCACUCCAUCAAUGGAAAUACCAUUUCAAAGAGAUGUCACAGACCUCCAAAAAGAAGCUGAAAACCUAAAAGGUAAACUCUCUAGAGUCACUGUAGCUGAUAUUCUGGAAUAUGUUGAAGUGACAGAAUCUUUGGUCCUAUCUCCUGUACGGGCUCAUCAGUAUGUCAUGAAGAUGCACUUCCUUCCAUAUGAAUACUACAAACAAAUGUAUCAGGUAACUCCUGAUUCUGUGUUGAAGCAUAUCGAGAGGAAUUUCCUUGCUGCCAUAGAAUUCCACAUCAAGAAGCUUAUUUCAUCUGCCGGUAAAACUACAUCAAUCCAGGAGCAGGUCAGAAAAUCUAUGAAGUCUGGGAUAGAAAACAAGAAAGAGGCUGAGGAAGAUGACGUCGCUGUGGAGGCUCCUAAAGCUGAUGCUGGUGAGGGUCAUGAAAGUUCUGACGAAGAGGCUCGAGAUGAAGAUGAUGAUGCUACAGCAGCCAAGCAACACACAAAACAUCAGGAUACUGCAGCCUACAGUGAUGAAUCAGGAGACGAUAAUUCUGACAAUGAAUCUGAAGCCCUCAUAAAACAAGAAGAAGCCGUUCAUGAAGCUAAUGAAGGAGAUGAUGUAAGUUUCCUCAAUAAUUAUGCCCAUAUUGAUGACUACUCUUAUGACAAGAAAAAGAAAGAAUGGUGUGUCAUCAAAAUUAGUAUUGCGCUCCCAUGCAAGAAGCUAAAUCUUUCUACGCUUGUGAAGGAGGUAUCUCGCUUGUCAGCAAUUAGUGAAGUUCGUGGUCUGAAGAAAGCAUUUCUCCUUAAUAACCCUCGAGAGGGCAUAGUGCUGAAGACUGAUGGUCUCAACAUAAUAGAAAUGUUCAAAUACUCAGACCUGCUUGAUAUAAACAAACUGUACUCCAAUGAUGUUCAUGCCAUUGCAGGAAUCUAUGGCAUUGAGGCUGCAGUUAGAGUAGUUGUUAAAGAAAUUCAGGAUGUUUUUAAAGUCUAUGGUAUUACAGUUGAUGCUCGCCAUCUCAUGUUAAUUGCUGAUUUUAUGACUUUCUCUGGUGUAUUUUUACCUAUGAGCCGAACUGGGCUUGACAACAACCCAUCUGCUUUGCAAAAAAUGUCCUUUGAAGCUCCCGUUGGUUUCUUAAAGAAGUCAUUGUGGCUAGGAAAGACUGACAGUCUUAAUUCACCAUCUAGUCGCAUUUGUGUGGGCAGACCGUGCAAGAGUGGAACAGGAGCUUUUCAGCUCCGUCAUCAAUUACUCAUCAAGUAGUUGCCAAAUGAUGCUUUUUGUAAACUAACCCAUUUUUGAAGUCUGUCAUAGAAAUAUUUUGUCAUAGUUUUAAGGACUUUUUGUGAUAUUGAUGUGGAAAGGCCCUAAUUGUCAGUGAGAGGCCAAAUUAUCUUGCAAGCUCUUUGUAAUAAAAUUUAGUUUAUUUGAAGGCAGGGCAUGUGAAGGAAACAUCUAUUACCAAUGUAAACAAUGUAUGUAAAGUAACAAUUUAUUGUAAUAAACAAGUGUCAAACA